CCCAACAUAUUUUAUUCACUUGCUCUUUCUGAUCCUCCAAGUUCCAUCUCCUUUUUCCGUUUCUAUCUGUCUCACUAUUGCACACGUUUGUGUACAUUUAUAUAUUCAAAUAUUCACUUUAGAGAGUGAGAGAGGUAACUGUGCUUCUACUCUUUCUUGUGUUCACUUUUAUACUGUUACACAUGCAUGUUCAGAUACUGAUAGGGAGAAUGUAUGUGCAUUGAGAGAGGGAGGGGGAAGAGUAUUGAGAGAGAGAGGGAGAGAGAGGGAGAGACAGAGACAGAGAGAGGGAGAGAGAUUUUCUAACCGUUUGAGAGGGAGGGGGAGAGAGAGAUCUUCUAACCUGUUUGUAAAGCACUAAACCACAUAAUUCUCUUCCUCGCAUAGAGUCAAGGAUUUUACUAUUUCUCCCUUAUUGGAUCCUUCAUAUUAAUGGCAUAUCCAGUUUCCCCUGUAAGUGCUGACCAGGUUGGCUACUGUUUUGUUCAACAGUACUACCAAGUUCUGCAGGGACAAUUCGAUUAUGUUCAUAAAUUUUACAACGAUGCCAGCACAAUUAUUCGCAUUUCUGAGGACUCAACUCAUACUGCUUCUGGAAUACUGCAAAUUAAUAAACUUAUCAUGUUGCUGGACUUCACUGGAAUUGAAAUCAAGGCCAUAAAUUCCCUUGAAUCAUGGAGUGGAGGUGUUCUUGUUGUGGUUUCUGGUUCAGCUAAAUCCCUGAAAUUCAGAGGCCGGAGAAAGUUCAUGCAGACCCUGCUCCUUGCUCCUCAAGAAGAGGGUUACUUUAUUCUAAAUGACAUCUUUCACUUUCUCAGCACGGAGGUCAUUCACCAGCAUCCAGAAUCUUUAGUGCUGGAGAGCAGAGUUGAUUACCUACAUCAAACACCCGUGUUAAUGGAUGCCAGAACUGAAUAUCAGCAUCCAAGAUCAUUACUGCAGGUGACGAGAGCUGAUUGCCAGCAUCCGCAGCCUGUUCAGUUGGAAGAUGGAGUCGGUCCUCAGCCAGCUGCUUCUAGUCCCCUUUCACAUAAAACAGAUAUUCCUGAAGGUGAGGUGGAAGCCGGUGGACAUAUUACUUCAGAGCGUGUUGAAUACAGUCUCCAAGAUCAGCAGGAGUCUGCAGCUGUAUGCAUGAAAAAGGAUUCUGCAGAAGACUCGUCUUCUUUAAGUAAUGAGGCGGCGAAUCAUGAGGAGGAACCUCCAUAUGCUGUUGGAGAGCCGCAGCAAUUUACUCAUGCGUCAAUAUUGCGAGCGCCAAAGGGGAAAACUGUUACACUGGCUGCUGCUAUGACACUUCCAGAAAAGACAUCCAUACUCGUUUCUGAGUGGCGUCCAACGCUGCACAUAAGUAGUCAGCUGCCAGACACUUCAUCAUCCUCGUCCCCUGAUUCUAGUGUGGACGUCGUAUCAGAAGGUGAAUCAAGAUCCGUCUAUGUCAAAAACCUGCCUCUUACUGUAUCCGCCCUUGAUAUUUCACAAAAGUUUGAAAGCUUUGGGAGAAUAAAGCCUGAUGGAGUGCUGAUAACAAACCGAACGGAUAUUGGUAUUUGUUUUGCCUUUGUCGAGUUUGAAGAUGUUCAAAGCGUUCACAAUGCAAUCAUGGCAUCUCCAAUACAGUUGUCCGGGAGAGAAGUUUACAUCGAGGAGAGGAAACCAAGCAGCAAGAGCAUCAGCAGCAUGCGCGGAGGAAGACGCGAGGAAGGAGGCAAAGGGAGUUAUCAGCAGGAGGCUGUUAGAGGGAGUUUCGGAAAGUGGCCUUUUGGCAAGGGUGUUCACAGAGAAGUGAUUUAGCUUAAACAUAUUUUCAUAUCAGUUACUUCAUGCUUUAUCUGCAGAUAUGCUCAGUAUAUGUUUUAUC